AAAACUUUUUGCACUCAUGGCCCCCACAACAACACGAACGUCAAAGCAAAAGAAGCAAGCGCACUCGCUUAUCUUCUGUCCGGACUGUGGGUCUCUUUUAGAUCCUCCGUCCGGCGCUGAAGACAAUGUGGCAUGCGGCAUUUGCGGGGGAGUGGUGGUCUCAGAAGCAUUCGAAUCUGUGGAAGUUGUGACCAAAAGUAGACCUGGAGCUUUCCCAGACCGUCCUCAAAUUGAAACGACCGAGGAUACAGAGACAACCGAAGGAGGACGAACAAGUCAACAUCUCAGGGAUGGUGCAACGAUCAAAGAAAAGUGUCCAAAGUGCGACGCCCCGGAAAUGGUCUUCCACACUGCUCAGUUGCGAUCUGCUGAUGAAGGUCAAACCGUAUUUUACAGUUGUGUCAAGUGCGGAUACAAAUACAGCAUCAACUCAUAGUCAAGAUUCUACCAUAAUUACUCACCGAACCGAUGUUCCGUACCUUACGAUGCGAGAGGACGACAGCCCUGCGAUCAGCAAGCAGGAGCCGAAAUCGCUAAAACUCAUCCCCCACCCACCCACGUACCGAUUUAUUCGGUCUGUAUCAUAGGCAACAACAUAUGCAUUUCUCUAUACUCUGCAAAUAUAAAAUUCUAUUUAGAGAAGUCGAGGAUGAGGGUCAGCCAUGAAUUUUAAGCCAUUAUC